AUGUAUUCCGAACUGUCACAAGCCGAAAAACGGUUCCACAAGCUAACCUGCGCCCACUGCCGCAAGAAGAAGGAGAGGUGCGAUGGGGCCUAUCCCGUCUGCACAGCCUGCCGGGUCAACAAGAUUUCAAAGUGUAACUACGACAAACCGGCCUCUAUUGCCUACGUGCGGCACUUGGAGAAGCAGGUCCUUACCAUGCAGAAGAAGUUGGACGACAAACUCGACGAAUCCAUCACCGUGCCGUACGAAUACGUCUCACGGACGAUGAAGCACACGGACUACUUCAUUCGGCCGUUCCCCAACCACUUGCCGACAUUGCUUGCUGAGCUACACGGGAACGAGGAUGCAGAGAGCCAGGACGAAUUUGACUCCGAUAAAAUGGUCAUGAGCAUCUCAGACAAACAGUUUGACGAGAUCAUGGCUGCUAAGGGCUUGACCACUCUUACCCGCAUGGCCAACGAAGCUAUCAGACAGCUGUUUGUGGGGGUUUUGCCCCGCAAAGUCUCUCGCUGCUUCGAAAAGAUGGGCCCUGAAGAUGAAAUCCCAGACCUCUCCGAGACAUACUCCUCGCCUCUUAUCGGCGAGGUUGUCCAAUUCUACAUCAAACUCUUUGGAAAUUCUUCGUAUCCGUUGGGAUCUCCAUCGCACAACUCUAUCCAACUCACCCAGGAUGCGGCGUUUAGACACAAGUGGGUUACGUUGAUGUCGCAAGCACUAUUCGAGCCGCCUACCCAGGCAUUGGCCUUUGCCUACUUCUUCCAGAGCAACUUGGAGAUUCACCUAGGGGGGUCUAUGACCAGAUCCUGGAUCUUCUUGGGCAUUUCAGCCAAGAUUUUGGCCAGAUUAUGGCAGUACUCCACCAAGGCGACCCGAUUGUACUGGGUGCUAUAUGUGUGGGACAAGAUGCUUUCCACCCUCAUGAACCGUUUGCCCUUGAUGGCCGAGGUUCCGCCGGCCUUCCCCGACGAAGUCGAGUUCAGCAUCUUUGAUGUUCACAGUGUGGAGGGCAACAGUCUGCGGAAUCUCGACACCACCCCGCUUUUGAUUGUGCUUUGCCGGAUGACCAUCAUUCUUGGUGACAUGUUACACGACGCUGACCGCUUUUUGCCGGUUAGAAAUAACUUGUUGACGAUGGCUGACAAGCUCAUGGACAGCAUCCCGCAUGAGCUCCGAGACUCGGCGAACCAGCAGAAUCUCGGCUACUACAACGCUCUCUACCACACUUUCUGUGGGAUCAAGUUGCGUUUGUUGUCUUUGCAGUUUGGGUCCAGCUUCCAGGCGCAGCUACGCACGCUUCGCGGCAAGAAUCCGGGCGAUGCCGAGUUUAAUUACUACAGCUAUUCCGAGAUGCACACGUUCAACCCAGCUGAGUACUUGGAAAUGGUUGAUACCAUCCUCGAAAUCCGACGCUUGAUUCUUCCGUCGGAGAGGAGCAAGCAGGCGGAGGAAGAAAACACAGAGGAAAAGCGUGAGAGCUUCUUGGUGGUGCGGAAGUACUGGUUGAUGACAUUUAUCAUCAUGCCGAUGCACAAAUUGCUAGCCAACAUGAGCUUCAUCGAGUACACCGAAGGAUGGGCCAAUAACAUGGCGAUGAACCAUCCACAGAGGGCCGAACGCAUCGACAUGAACUUGUUUGUGGACUUUUUCCGCAUCCUCUGGGAACAGCUCGCGUCUGAGAAGCGCUACUUUGGUCCAGCCGUGAGAGACUGUAUUGAGUUCAUGGCUGCCAACCCGUUAAAGAUUUUGGAGAGGGACGACUACGCUUACAGCAAAUCCCGCAUUGAAACCUGUCUUGAGAUGAUCAAGGCAAACCAGGUGUUUGAUCCGGAUGCCAGUGAAGCCUCCGCCAACCCUGCAGCUCUGACCGAGCCGGAAAGUGUCAAACUCCAGUCUACAACUAAGCCAAAAAGAUUGAGACAGGCUUCAUAUACCAAUCCCGAGAUCCUUACUGACAUCAAGCAGGAGGUUGAAAUGGACCCCAAGGGAGGCUGGCUGACGGAGCCGGCGGAGGUUGAAUGUAUCGAAUCCACUCAUUCUGAUGGCACCAACUCAAGCCAUCACCAAGUUGCCUCGCGGUACCAUAACGCUCCAAUUCUUGAAACCCCGCACGGUCUCGAACAAGAUAUGUUUGCGCCUCUGUUAUUUCAACUGUACUACGGCGCCACCAGCUCUACCUCAAAUAGCGAGAUCUUUGCGCCGCCUAUCCAGUUAAUCAAAAACGACUACAACGAUAAAUUGACCAUGGAGACGUUUUUGUUCAAUGGUAUGUUGGCAACUGGCGACCAGCCGCCGCAGAUUUCUGAUGAAUUCUUAAACCACUACAUCGAAGGAGGCAGCAUGAACGCGUCUCAAAACGCGCACUAUCCACCGUCAGGGUCAUGGGGCGUGAACCAAGAGCUAUUCAAUAACAAUCUCUUCCAAACGCCGUACUUGAGUCACCCCCGAGAAAGCCUUAAAUCUCACAAGAGACACAGGCCAGAUACGAACCACCCCAUUGCAAGCGGGAACGGAUACGGGGUUGCUGAGGUCGGUAUGACCUCUCCUCGUUUCAUGCAAAGCAAUGACCUUGGCCGUUAG